AUGAGGACCAGUGGCAUGUCUCCUCUUCACCGCGGCAAGUUCGAUAUCAAGGUAGCAUACCAUGUCCAGGAGGAUGGGCGACGUCUACUCGAAGUGGGUACGGAUUGUGAAGAUAUGCUCAGUGCAUUUCCCGAGCAUUCGACGAUCACAUUCAAAGAUGCGGUCGAGUGGAUGAACCCACCGAACAAGGAAUCUCUGUUGGCGCUACUGCAGUCAGUCGACGAACAGCAAUCGGAGAAAGCAGCUACCGAAGCAGAACCUGCCGGUGUCGCUAGUGACCGCCUCGAGGAAGACGGGAACCAAGCACAGCCAAUGCCAGGUUCCAGUUUGAGACUGCAAUCAUUCGUCACUCUGGUCUGGCUGCCACUGGCUCUCGUUGUCGCUGGUUUGGCGUGCUUGUUGUUCCGCUGGGUAUCAUGA